UACUAUACCCUUUUAGCAGAAUGACCCUUUUAUGAAAUCAUAAUGAAUUUAUCACGCCAUAAUUUCUUCUUCCCAUUGGCGGUCGCCCUUGUAAUCUUGCUCCUACCAGGCGCCAAUGCAGCCACCACCACCACCAGUACUGCUACAAGCUAUCUGAGCCAGAGGAACCAGUUUCUGGGUCCUCAAAAUGCCGCUCGCUACGCACUCAAGAUGCGGCCAUUAGCGUGGGAUGCCAAAUUAGCCUACUACGCACAGCAGUAUGCCAACCGGAGACGCUACGACUGCGCCCUAAGACACUCCGACGGGCCGUACGGCGAGAACAUUUUCUGGGGAAGCGGCACUGGGUGGACGCCGGCUGAGGCAGCCACCGCGUGGGUGGCGGAGAAGAAAUGGUAUAGCCAUUGGAGCAACUCAUGCGCCGGAGGUCAACAAUGUGGACACUAUACGCAGAUUGUGUGGAGCAAAACAAGGAGAAUUGGGUGCGCGAGAGUGACUUGCGUUGGUGGUAGAGGCGUGUUCAUGACUUGCAACUACGAUCCCCCUGGGAAUUACAUUGGCGAAAGGCCUUACUGAUUAUAUAUAUUAGUCUUUUGGUGUGUCUUUCUCAGACUUCCAUUUUUUGUUAAUUAUUAUCUAUAAAACUAUUAUGAUAUAUCUUCAACUAGUAGAAAUUUAAGCUUGCCAAUGUUUAGAAAAA